CACCAAUCAAUCCAAAGCUAUAAUCUGAUUAUCCGAUCAUGCCCAAGAUUUUGUACCGCACAUGAGCAGAUAUAGAGACCUUAAAAGUAGGAUGACCUAUAUCGAAUAUUAAACCCCUAAACAUAGAGAGGCGAAAAAAAUCAAGAAUAGUUAUACUUUCUUCCUCUACAAUAUCUCUCUUUCUAUGCUUUGGCUCUUUAGGGAAACACCUAACCUAGAAGGUGAAAAUGGAAAAUAUAACCAAAACAUAUAACUACGGAGGAGUAGACUGGAUUUGCGAGACAUGGAUAGGUGCAAGCUCGAUGGGCAUUGCGCAUGGAGAGAAUCCGAUCAAGUUUGCUCUUCCUCUUCUUCUCCUUCAGAUAUCUGUGGUCUCCCUAUUUUCCAUGUUUUUUCAGUUCCUUCUCCGGCCUUUCGGAAAAUUUGCAUUUCUCGCUCAGAUCCUCGCUGGGAUCUGCUUAGGACCGUCAAUUAUAGGACGUAACAAACAGUACAUGUCGACAUUUUUCUACACGAGAAGCAUUUACAUAAUCGAAUCCUUUGAGGCCAUAUGUUUCCUCUUCAUCUGCUACGUCACAACAUGUCAAAUAGACACGCAUAUGAUAAAGAGAGUAGGCAGGUUAGCAUUCAUAAACGGCAUCGUCCUUUUCCUCAUACCUUUCCUGUGGGGCCAAUUCACUGCCAUCUUGAUCUCCAAGAGGCUAGGAGGUAGACCCGCUGGGGUACCUCCUGCGGAGUUUCAUCACGUGGCGAUCGUGCAGUCCACCAUGUUCUUUCAGGUGGUUUACGGAGUGUUGUCGAACCUAAAGAUGCUCAACACCGAGCCAGGGAGGUUAGCACUUGCCUCCAUGAUGGUCCAUGACUGCCUCUCUUGGUGUUUUUUCAUGCUUAACAUCGCCCUUAAACAUAACACUCACUCAGCCGAUAAAAAUCACGCCUAUUUCUUGUCCGCCGCACAGGUACAAAUAAUUGCAGAUGCUAAUGAUAGUGGUAAUAGUAUACGUGUUCCGACCGAUAAUGGUGUGGAUGAUGAAGAGAACACCAGUGGGACACUCUCUAAAGGCAUCAUAUCUCACCGUUAUAUGUGUCUUGCUCUUCAUCUCCUCUCUCUGGUCAGAAUUUGUGGGCUUACCUUACUUCUUUGGCGCGGUGGCCUUGGGUCUAGCCACCCCGAAACGUCCGCCUCUUGGAACAGGACUCUCCGAAAAAAUGGAGAUUUAAUCCGAUAUGAGAUACUCUUUGGCAUGGUCCGGUUCGCCAAAGUCGUGGCUGUUGCCUUGCCUUCCCUUUACUAUAAUGUGCCACUUUGGCACGCCAUUCUUGUCGGGUUUAUCGUCAAUAUCCAAGGAAUUUACGAUGUUCAAAUCUACAAACAGAACUUCAAUUACAGGAAAAUAUCAAAGAAAACAUUUGGAGCAAUGGUGAUGUCAGCAAUGAUAAACUCAACAAUUCUCAUAGUAGUUGUCAAGAAAGUGUACCAAACCAUGAGCAAACGCAACCCUUACAAGAGACGUACGGUUCAACACUGUCGAAUCGAGGCUCCUUUGAGGAUCCUCACUUGUUUCAGGCAGCGCGAGGCGGUCCGUCCAGUGCUGGACCUCGUCGAACUCUCUCGUCCAGCCAUCGGAUCUCCUCUCUCCGUCUUCGCCUUGAACUUAGAAGAGCUGAAUAACCAUAGUCUUCCUCUUCUCAUUCAUCACACUCAAGAGAUAAGUCCCUUCGUCGUGCCUAGCCCAAGAGACCAGAUCGUUAAGGCCUUCCACAACUACAAGAAGAGUAAUCCGGAGACCGUACUGAUAGAGUGCUUUACGGCGGUGGCACCGCGGAAGACGAUGCACGAGGACGUUUGCACAAUUGCAUUUGACCAGGAGACAGAUCUUGUGGUCCUAACUCUUGAUGCCGGGAUGGAGUCGUGGGAGAGGCUGUUGUGUAGGAAUCUCCUGCAAACAUGUCCGUGCUCCGUCGCGCUCUUCAUAGACCGAGGGAGGCUCCCUGAUUUCAGGUUCGUUCCCAUCAAAAAGCUUUGCAUCACUAUCUGUGCUGUCUUCUUAGGCGGACCAGAUGACCGCGAAAUGCUUGCGUAUGCUACACGCUUAGCAAACCAUCCGAGCGUCGAGCUUCAUGUCUUCCGGCUGUUGGAUCACAACGGCGCCUCGCCGCUCCGAGACAUGGUCGAGAGAAAUCACGACAUGAGAGUCAUCAACAUGUUCCGCAAAGAGAAUUCCGAAAAUAACAUAAUAUUCAGAGAGGUAAGAAUAGAGGAAGCUGUGGAAUUGAUGGAGUUGCUAAGGAAGGAAGGAGACGACUUCGAUGUGAUGAUGGUUGGGAUAAGACACGAAGAGAAUCUAUUGAUGUUGGAAGGGUUGUCAGAAUGGAGCAACAUGAAGGAAUUAGGAGAGCUUGGAGAUUUGUUGAUCUCCAAAGAUCUCCAGCUCUCUGUUUCUGUUCUCGCUCUCCACCAAUGACCUUUUCUUUCUCCUUUUUUUUUUGUUUUUAUGGAUUUGUACAUCCUUUUGUUUAGACGUUAAUAACACGUUGUAUAAUCACGUUGUAUAAUCCAAGAAACCGACCAGUGAUAAGUUUAUUAGAGAAUUAUCAUUUUAAUACAAACCAUUUUGUUCUGUUUUGAAACCAUCUGUGUGUUUCAAGAGAUUUUAUACCAUCACAUUUUGUUUUAACAGAAAUUAAUUAACAUCUUCUCUAUUUUGUUUAGUUUAAAAAGCUAUUUAGGGGUAGUGCAUCUUGUGUAUAACUUUUUUUAAUCUAUAAACAGAUGCAUCUUGGGGAAAAAAAUAACUGAGGUUGGAUUUUUGAAUUUGAUGAACCAAAAGGCUAUAUAGUCCAUUAGUUAAUUUAGGUUGGGGGGUUUGUAAGCAAGAGAUAGCAUAGAAGUCAACAAUUCCGGAAAGGACGGCUGACUAACUUAGAUAAAACAUCCAUAUACUCUUGAAAGAAGAUAAAGUAGAGAUGAACAUACAUACCUUGAUUCAAGGCAUUUGCAUUGCUCCAGUAACAGCCAUUCUUAAAACCAUUCUUCCAGCAGAGUACAUUAGCUAAGAAGAGGCAAAGCAAAACUUGUGUUCCUCUUCUUCCUUCAUUGGAAAGCAGUAGUCUCUAUAGAACUAGGUCAUCAUACUAUAUAAGUUUUAAGAGAAGUGAAGAGAAACUUAAAAACGUUUUAUCCAUUUCAAGCUAAACUUCUUACAUUGAAGGGAAUUUCAAAACAAACACGAAUAGAAUUUUUUUCUUUUAAAUAAAAGGAACCUACAAUAUCUUUGUUUAUAUUCUAGAAGAAGAAAAGAACAUUUUAUAGAUUGGAAAUCACCCCAAAG